UUUUUCCCCUUUUCUUGAAGAAAGAAAGAAAAGAAAAAAAAUUCAGAAAAUGGGAAAACAACUUCAAACCGAAUGAUCAGUUGUUUCUCAAUCAGUGAGGGAGAUUGGUGUUGAAGUGUCAAUUCAAGUGGAAGGUCUGAGUUUUUUUGGCUCUGAGAGUUCCUGGGAUUCGUUUAUUUACUGUUUAUUUUCUUGAAACUCAGUUCAUUGAGAGUUUGGCUCUGUUUUGAGGUCUCUUUGGAAGUUUGGAGAGAGGCGUUGGUUUUUUUAACUUUUACAUCCAAGCCCAGGUGGCGAAGGUGAUUGAAUAGUGACCUGUCUAUAGUUAGAAAGCCUGUACGAGAUGAAGUUUGUGAACAAUAUCCGGGACAGCUGAAUUAAUUAUUAUAUGAUAUUAUGGAGUACACAGUAAGCGAGAAAGCCUUCUCAAAUAGAGAUGUCUACAUUGGAAAUUUUAAGGGAAUUCUGCCUCAUGGUAAUGGUAACUACACAUGGUCUGAUGGAACAGUCUAUGAGGGUGAUUGGGAAGAAGGAAAAAUGACAGGCAAAGGGAAGCUAAUUUGGACAUCGGGAGCGCAAUAUGUAGGUGAUUUCUCUGGUGGUUACCUUCAUGGUUAUGGCAUCUUUACUGGAUGUGAUGGUUCUUUUUACCAGGGUUCAUGGAGGAUGAAUAUUCAGCAUGGGAUGGGAAAAAAACAGUAUUGUAAUUCAGAUAUUUAUGAAGGAUCAUGGAAGGAAGGAGUACAUGAAGGUAAUGGUAGGUAUUCGUGGAAUAGUGGGAAUGCAUAUAUUGGGAGUUGGAAAGGUGGGAAAAUGUGUGGUAGAGGGAUCAUGAAAUGGGCAAAUGGUGAUCUUUUCAAUGGCUUUUGGUUGAAUGGGUUAAGAGAUGGGUCUGGAGUUUAUAGGUUUGCAGAUGGGGGAUAUUAUUUUGGAACAUGGAGUCGGGGCUUAAAGGAUGGAAAAGGAACCUUUUAUCCCGUGGGAACUAAACAUCCUUCCUUAAAGAAGUGGUGCAGCUCUCUAGAUUAUUGCAAUGACGGAACAAGUUUGUCUGGGUUACUAAAUUCAGAGGAAAGCAGGGCUCAACCAAGUGUUAAGCGCAGUUUUUCAGAGAAAUUAUCGAUUAGUGGACUUUUAAGAAAUUCAAGUCGUAUAUCACACAAGGCUAUGUCAUUAGAUAAAAAUUGGACCCAUUGUGAUCCUUCUCAAGAGUUUAUACGUUACGAUUCCUUAUCCGCAUUGUCCCAUGCCUCUGAGGAAGGUCAACCUGAGGCACAAGAUAACAGUUCAGUUUACGAGAGAGAAUACAUGCAAGGGGUGUUGAUUAAAGAGAGAGCUAGUAAUUAUACAGAGAUAUCACGGAAAAGUAAACAACGAAAUAAAAUUGCAGUGAUGCAAGAAAAGAGGUCAUGUAUUGACAUUUUUGGAGCCCAUAGUAGGAGCUAUUAUUUAAUGCUUAAUUUGCAACUUGGUAUCAGGUACACUGUUGGGAAGAUCACACCAGUUCCUGUACGUGAAGUUCGAUCUUCUGAUUUUGGAGAUCGAGCCAGAAUAAGGAUGUAUUUUCCUAGAAAGGGUUCUCAGUUUACACCUCCGCAUUAUUCAGUUGAUUUCUAUUGGAAAGAUUAUUGCCCUAUGGUCUUCAGGAAUUUAAGGGAGAUGUUCAAAUUAGAUGCAGCAGAAUACAUGAUGUCAAUUUGUGGUGAUGAUGGCUUAAGAGAGCUUUCUUCUCCAGGAAAAAGUGGCAGUAUCUUCUAUCUUUCUCAUGAUGAUAGAUUUGUGAUUAAGACUUUAAGAAAAACUGAACUGAAGGUUCUGCUCAAGAUGCUGCCUAGCUAUUAUUGUCAUGUAGGAGAACAUGAAAACACUCUCAUAACAAAAAUUUUUGGGCUCCAUCGGAUAACAUUAAAAGGUGGAAAAAAGGUACGCUUUAUGGUCAUGGGGAAUAUGUUUUGCACUGAAUUACGAAUUCAUCGCCGUUAUGAUUUGAAGGGUUCAUCUAUUGGAAGAUCUACAGAUAAAGAUAAAAUUGAUGAGAAUACCACAUUGAAAGAUCUUGAUCUGAAAUUUGAAUUUCAUAUGGACAAGUUAUUGCGAGAAUCCCUUUUUAAUGGCGAAGGUGCUUGGCCUAGUUUAACUGAAGACGGCAAAUUUGAUGUAAAAAUAUGUACCAAAUGCUACAGACAAAUAUCACUAGACUGCAUGUUCUUACAAUCUCAGCAAAUAAUCGAUUAUAGCCUUCUAUUGGGUCUACAUUUUAUAGUUCCUGAGAAUCUCAAGGCAUUUUCACAACCUCCUGGUACAAUGCACAAUCAUGAGAAUUUAGCUACUGGUGAUGGUGUGACUUCUUCACAAGGGGAGCUUUUGAUUCCUCCCAAAGGCCUUCUACUGGUAACUCAUGAACCCGGCUCUGUCAGUACUGCACCAGGUCCUCACAUCAGAGGAAGUACGUUGAAAGCAUAUUCUCUUGGUGACAAAGAAGUUGAUCUUUUACUCCCUGGUACAGGAAGGUUAAGGGUGCAAUUAGGAGUAAAUAUGCCAGCACAGGCCAAUCUCAAGCUUCUGCAGGAUGAGGUCGAUUCAACAGAAGUCGAACUUUUUGAAUUUUACGACGUGGUUCUCUAUAUGGGCAUAAUUGAUAUAUUGCAGGAGUACAAUGUAAAAAAGAAAGUUGAGCAUGCAUACAAAUCAUUGCAGUUUGACCCUCAAUCCAUUUCUGCUGUUGAACCCAAGCUCUACGCUAAACGUUUCAUCAAUUUCUUGGAGAAAGUUUUCCCCGACCCACCGUAAGGUUUUCCUCCCCUCUUUCUUGUCCAUAGUCAUAUAUCCUAGUAGGAAAAUUUUUAUUGUUUCUCUCCAUGUUUUAAGAGCACCAAUUCUUUUAUAUCCAUAUGUUUGUAAAGUUAUAUAAUCAUAGAGACGAGUGCAUCUGUUUCAUGGUAUGGAUAUAUAGCAAUAUUUAGCAGAUGGAAUCUAUAUGUUUUGAAUAAAAAUGUCUCUGCUAUUUAAGUUUUGCGAUGAAACGGGACGUGGUUCCUAUCA